AUGCCCCGCCAACCGACCAAAAACCGCAUUAACAUGCACGACAUUGUCGAGCAGCCCCUCAGCGCCAUUCCAGAUGCCGUGGACGCCGUCCUGCGCCGUCCAGAGCCGCUGGACGAGCUCGAAGUGCAGAGCAUCUUCUUUGAGAGCUCGUACAUACUGCUGCGAGCAGAGGAGGCGCUCUCAGCCAAGGACGGAAACGCAUUCUGCGCCCUCUUCAAGAUUUUCUCUGAGGGCUUUGCCCACAGUGAGACCUCCUUUGAAGAGGGGAUUCGCACCGUAGUGCAAAACGACUCCCUGCUGCAGACAAUGCACUCCAUUUUCAAAGUGGUCGUGGAGCAGGAGGCCCUGCCAUUGCACAGCGCCGGCACCGUCGAGCUUAUCCAAGUACUCAGCAGCCUAUGCGAUGGCGCGGCGCUGAAGGACAAGUGCGGGGCGGUGUUUAUGCGCGGGUUUGCCAAAGUAUUGCAGCGGGCGUACUCAAACGCUGAGGAGGCGCGCCGGCACUUCCAUGUGCAGCGAGGCACGGCGACAGCUCUCAUCAACCUCGUGAAGGGGUCAAAGCAAAACAAGCAGCGUCUGGCAUCGUGGAAGUUCGUCGCAGACUGCUGCGCCGCCUCCGUUGACGUUUUCUUCCAGUUACAGUGCGUCGAGCUGCUGUUCCGCGUGUCGCGGCAGAACAAAGACGUCUUCUCCCACCUCGGUGGGUCUCUCCCGCUAGCUACAAUCGAGGAACUGCGAGCGCUGCCCAACGAUGGCACGUUGCUCUCUCGCAUGACGCUGCUGAUUGAGCACCUCAACGAGGGCCGCGCGCAGGUGCUGCGCUACCCGCUGAAGGAAGUCGUGGCCGCCGAGACGACUCUGACAAGCUCCACUAAUGCGUACUUUACGCCCAACUACGUGAUUGUCAUGGUCACAGCCGCCAACGCCGACAACAUCACCAUACCGUACCGCAUCAUCCGGUCCAUCACUCUCGGCCGCGACGGUCGCGUCAUUGUACGUCUGGAGGAGUUCCCCGUCAAGCUGGAGUUGCUGCUGAGUCGCACAGCUGGGAUGGACACCGUCACCUUCUACAUGGCCCAAGAGGACCUCGCCACCUUCAAGCAGUCCCCGGUGCGGCAGUGGAUCGUGGAGGCAUUGCAGGCGCGGAAAGAGGAACAGCACCACCACCUUCCACCUCAAGCGCCGCGCUCCCCGGACUCAACAGCGAAGCCAGCUGGCAAGGUGGAAUGGGCGACUCACAAGCCUUUGUCUUCCACAGCGACUGCUGCAUCCGGUGCCGCUGCCGCUGCCCCAUGUGAGGCUUCCGGUGAUAUAGACACCGCGAGGAAGAAGGCGCGGCUGGAGAGUGCCACAACUGCUGCUGUGGUGCCUUACACAAAUCAGCCCCCUAUUGGCGCCCUCCUGCACGGUGUGGAUGCACUGGUUGAGCAGGCAACCACACCAAAUGAGGCGCAGGCGAUGCUGCUGCAGCUGCGUCGGCUCAUGGAGGCUCGCAAGGAGGUGCAGCGUGGCAAGUCGUUGGAUGACCUGAGCGACGCCAUGCAGCGUAUCCAAAGCCGCGUUGACGAGGCGCGCCGCACAGCGAAGGAGAACAGAGCGGCGUGGCACCAGGCCAUGCUUGAGGAGCUGGAGCGGGUGGAGGCCCUAGUAGUCGGCGCGCAGGACAAGGCGGCGGCGGGGGUGGAGCAGCUGAAUGAUCACCUGAAGAAGGUCAAGGCGAGCAAUCAAGCCAUCAACGAGCGGAUUGCAUGCAUGGAUGUUGAGCUGCAACGAACAUUGGAGGAGCUCCGUGAAGAGGAGCGGCGCUGGACUAGCGAGAUCCACACUAAGUGCAUGCGCGAGGCAGAGCGCCUGGAGUUUGAGGUCGAUCAACAACUUCUCAACCGUAGUCGGCCAAUGGCGCUCUUAUCUGACUACAUGCGACAUUAG